GCGAGAGAGGGAGAGAGAGAGACUGCACACAUAAGCUGAAUUCAUCUACCCAUCCAUCCAUCCAUCCAUCCUUUACCUACCUACCUGCCUACCUACCACCUACUGCGCGCGAUUUAUCGCUUGGGCAUUGUGGCGUGGUCCUUGUCCUUGAAAUCCAGGCAAAGACGCACUAUCUGUGGUUUGUGCUGCAAUGUCGGUACUGGAUGUUUUGUCCCCGCUCCUCCUCCUCUCCAUCCUGUUGCCGGGCUACGGUUGCCGGGCGGCGGACAUUCCGGAGGACACUACAUCAGAGUUUUCAGUCAGACUGUACCACCAGCUGCAGGCGGUGGGGGGGCAGGAAAACAUCAUAUUUUCCCCGCUGAGUGUGGCUGUGGCCCUCGGCAUGGUGGAGCUGGGGGCCAGGGGGGCUUCACUGGAGGAAAUACGACAAGCUGUAGGAUUCAGCCACCUGCUGCCAGGUGUGGAGUUCUCUUUGCUCCAGAACCUCACAGCGGCUCUGUCGGACAAUGACGCCCACUAUGUGGUCAGAUUUGCCAACAGCCUCUUCCUACAGGAAGGCGUCACUUUUAACCCCGAGUUCCUGCAUAUGAUGAAAAAGUAUUUCAAAGCCGACGUGGAAACGGUGGAUUUCAGUGAAUCAGCAGCCGUGGCCGAGCAGAUCAACAGCUGGGUGGAAAAUCAUACAGAGAGCAAGAUCCGUGAGCUGCUCUCAGCGGAAGACUUCAGCAGUAUGACCCGUCUCACUCUCGUGAACGCCGUCUACUUCAGGGGCUCCUGGAAAAACCAGUUCAGGCCGGAAAACACCAGAACCUUCUCCUUCAGCAAAGACGACGGCUCUGAGGUCCAGACACUCAUGAUGUACCAGCAGGGAGACUUCUACUACGGUGAGUUCAGCGAUGGCUCCCAGGAGGCGGGUGGUGUGUACCAGGUGCUGGAGAUGCCCUACGAAGGCGAGGACAUGUCCAUGAUGAUCGUUCUGCCUCGGCAGGAGGUGCCGCUGGCUUCACUGGAGCCCAUCAUCAAAGCGUCGCUGCUGGAGGAGUGGGCUAACAAUGUCAAACGGCAGAAAGUGGAAGUCUACCUCCCAAGGUUCAAAGUGGAGCAGAAGAUUGACUUGAGGAGCACAUUGCAGGAGCUGGGAGUGAAGAACAUCUUUACUAAUAAUGCUGAUCUCUCUGCCAUGACAGACAGUAAAGACCUGUACAUUGGAAAGGCAGUGCAGAAGGCCUACCUGGAGGUGACUGAGGAGGGGGCAGAGGGAGCUGUUGGCUCAGGAAUGAUUGCUCUGACCAGGACUCUGGUGUUGUACCCCCAGGUCAUGGCUGACCACCCUUUCCUCUUUGUCAUCAGGAACAGAAGGACAGGCUCCAUCCUCUUCAUGGGCAGAGUCAUGACUCCAGAAGUCAUCGAGCCCAAUGACCAUGACUUUUACUCCAUGUAAACAUGGUUCACUCAAUCUCAGCCAAUCAGAGCCUGGCAUCAUCAAAGCUACCUAUUCUCUAUCACCAUCUUCAGCUGUGUUUUAUACUCUUUAUGGAAAAAAUAUAUAUACAUACAUAUAUAUAUAUAUAUAUAUAUAUAUAUAUAUAAACUGGAUAUCACAGGAUAUAUUAUAUAUUGAAAUAUGACAUCUAUAAUGUGAUUGUGUUUUGAUACCGGAAGCUUUAAACUCUUGGAUACAGAAGUGAAGCAAGGGAAAGUUGUAAAUAUUCUCUAGUAAGGGAAGGUUUGUUUGUAUAUGAGCCAGAAGAACAUAUGAUAUGUAAUCCACGCACAACCCCUUCAAGUUCAGCAGCUUUGUACUCACCUGCGCCCACACAGACGAUGCACAAAUAGUAUUUUCUCUCCUUUAUGAAUUCAAUGCGCCCAUUCUUUAAUCUACUUUAAUUACAUCCUGUACAUUUGACAGUGUUCUACACACACACACACUCGCAGUAUAUGUAUACGCUCAGUAUUUAUUGCAGAAUAAACAUUUCAUUCUUUUACGAUGAAUCUUAGUAAUGUAUCUGAUCCAGACAGUAUUCUAGUCCUUUUUACACUGUAGACGUACUAACAUGCCUUAUUGCAUCGGAGUGGUUGAUUAAACGGUGUCAUUAAUCAGCCGGGCAUCUCACAGGUGAGCAAAAGAGACUGUGUAACUAACUUGGGUUGCUAUGGAGACAGACUGGAGCAUGCAGGCACACUGAGAAAACAGAUGUGCUGCACCGUUUUUUGGAUGUACAUACAGGGCAAAACAGUAACACCAGCUGUAUUCAGACUUUUACUCAAUAAACAAAUGAAUGUGUUCCCAUUAA